UUUAUAUAUAUUUCAUGACAUAUUUCAAGGGUUAUCUGAGCUUAAGCAUCGAAAUGUAGGGCAAAUAUUGUAAUAAAACCUUCAUUUACUCAGUUUUAACUAAAUAAAGUUAGGAAGAAUAUAAAAAUUUAAAGAAAAAUCAAUAUUUUAGUAAAAAUAAGGCUUAUCCAUUCUAUGCUAAAAAUCCACCUAAAACUACCAAUUCUUUACACCUCAUUUAACCAAUUUUCUACUUCUAUCAACUACAUAGCUCCCACAUCCUUCCUAUAUCACUUUCACGACCUAAACCCCUCUUACCUUCCUAACCCCCCUUUCAACUUCUCUCUAAACACCCAAAUUCCCCUCUUCAACCAAUCCCCCAAAAUCUUCCCCACUCACGCCUAAACCAGGCUCUCUAGGGCAUACUUUCACUCUAAAUCCCCAUUCUGCAGCCUAAACCAGCCCUGUUGUUAAUCUCAGCCUAUUUUCGGAUAAAUUUGUUCGGGAAAAUUUAGGCUGGUGACUGAAUGGCUUGGGAAAGUUAGAAUAUAGGGGAAGAGAAUGGUGUUUUUAGGAAUUUUAUAGUGAAUUUGGAUAAUUUUGAGGAUAAGAGAAGCCUUUUGUUUUUGAAUUCCGUGAAAAUCUUUUGUUAUAGAAAGAUUUUAGCAUGAUUAUUUAAAUUCUUUUAUGCUGGUUUCAAAACUAUUAAUAAUUAUCGGCCAAUGUCACUCCUCUAAAUUAAUGUGCUCUAAUUCCUU